AGUUCCUCCACUCCUCUCCUUCAUUUACAAGCAGACGGGAAGAUGGCGGAGCGGAGCUGUGGAGGCUGUAUUGGCUGAGCUGCUGUAGGUUUAAAUGCAACAGAAGGGCACGCAGUCACCGUGGAAGCGGCCGACGUGAAGGGACAUCUUUCCCUUGUAGGAGCAGGGCGAGCCUAGCCUUUUACUGGAUUUUCUGUUUGUGUUUUUCUCUAAUCGAGAGGAGAGUGCCGAGCGAGGAGCAACGAAAACAAGUCGGACAUGAACGGGGACACUGUAUGCAACAGCCACUCAUUCACCCUCUUAAGCUGCACCAACUCCAUAUCAUCAGUUCAAGAUGAAAAGCCCACCAUCAGGUUGACACAGGAGGGAAAGUGCUCUCCAGUUUUGUCCUUGCAGAAUGAUGCCCAGAAGCCAGGAGAAGGAAAGACAAUGAAUACCAUCAGCACUCCAAUGAAAGACCCAAAGGCAGAUUUCACAGAGAUGGAGAACAGCUACAGCCAGUGUUCACCCUGCUGGUCUGAUGAACAGCCAUCACCUCUGCAGCUCCACUGCACCGAAGCUUACCUUUGUUCUCAUCCUGAACUCUCCCUUCCCCUCAGCAAUGGCUUAACUCAUACUCCCCUACAUGCCAACAAUGGCGGUGCUCUCCAUGGCCACCAGAGGAGGGGAGCCCGGGUCAAGGUCAUAGGAAAGAAAUCCACUCGAAGAAUGGCAGGAGGGGAAAAUUCCCAAAACCGGAAAGUUACUGAUUUCUAUCCAGUAAGACGAAGUUCAAGAAAAAGUAAAACAGAGCUCAAGUGCGAAGAAAAGAAGCUCAUAGACGAUCUCAUUACAAGUGGAAUAGAGGAAGGAAUGGAGGUGCAAUACAUAGAAGGAAAGGGGAGAGCGGUGUUUGCCACUCGGUGUUUCCAGAAAGGCGAUUAUGUGGUGGAAUACCAUGGAGACCUGCUACAGAUCACCGAUGCUAAAAAGAGAGAAGCCGAAUAUGCUCAAAAUCCAGCAACUGGCUGCUACAUGUACUACUUCCAGUACCUCUGCAAAACAUACUGUGUGGAUGCUACAAAAGAGACUGGUCGAAUGGGUAGGUUGAUAAAUCACAGUAAAAAUGGGAACUGCCAAACCAAACUCCACGACAUCAACGGUGUCCCUCACCUCAUUCUCAUUGCCUCUCGAAAUAUUGACAAAGGCGAGGAGCUGCUUUAUGACUAUGGAGACCGCAGCAAAGCUUCCAUUGCUGCUCACCCCUGGCUCAAAUAUUGAUUAAGAGGUCCAGAGAAAAAGUAAAGGGAAACGUACAGUAAGACUUGUUUCUCAAUAGCUAGUGUACAAAAGGCCUUAGAAACAGAAUGUGUACUCUUUUGUUUUUUUUGUUUUUUUUUGUUUCAAUAAUGAGGAAGCUGGGGUGUGGGAGGGUUUAGUAGACAUUAAUGGGUCCAGGUCAUGGGGGUUGAUUGGGUUCAUAUCACAUUUCGAUUAAGGUCCAUCUGCCUUGUCAGAUGAUAUCUGUACUUUUUAUUUAUGCGUGUUUCAGAAACAUUCUUUUGUUUUGCAGCACAUUUGUUUUGUACAUUUUGUAUUACCUUUAGAGUAGCGCUUCUACAGCAUGCAGGUAGUAGUUGAUGCUCUGCAUUUUUAUACAGCUUUUUUUAAUUAGUACGUAGAUACUUGGCAAUACUUGUAUUUGCUCCCCAUUUUGAAUCAGCAGAAACUAUGAGAUGCAAAUUACAAACUCUUUUUAGAUAUGUAUUCUAUUCAAGGGGUAUCUGUUUUCAGCAAUCGGACCUCACACUCAUUGUUCAGUGGGGUGGAAUAGUUUAUCACGUUCACGGUUUAUUUGGCAUUUCAGGGUUUUGGUUACCAAACAAGAUCACAUGUUUUGACACUGGAUGAAGUACUUUGUGUUGAUCAUGGAAAAGAUUACAUUAGAAUAUGGAAAUUACUCUUAUGAAUGUUUAUUUUUUAGCAUAGAUUGUAUUUUAUAAUAUUAAACAUGCCAUAUACAAAGAGUUAGUAUGUGGUAAAUUUUAAAAAUUAAAAUGAAAAGUAUCUGGGAAAACCUACAGAAUAUUCUUUGCGACUCGAAGAGAUGAUUCGCUCAUGCAAGUAAUAGUUUCGGUGUCCCUCUCUAACCUCACACGAUUAUCUCAUCUGUUGGAUUUAGUUUCACUUAAUUAUAACUUCUCCCACUGAUGACGACACUGUCUGUGGUGCUGCACUUUGUAAAUAUAUUUAUUUGCUUGCUGUUACAAAUCCAAAUGUUGUUUCAAAAGAAAUACUGUGACAUUUUGGGAAUUAUGCUGUAUGUUUUUAGUUUUUGCUGAGACUUAAUGGGAAGAUUGAUCAAACUCUCCUGUGUCUAUGCAAAAUGUCAAUCUGAUCACCUUUUUUGAGAGCUGACACCUGAGCUUAAAUCCAAUGCAUUAUACUUGCAGUUGCGUUAAUUUAAGAGGGGAGAGAAAAUGUUGAUGGUUAGGCCAAAAUGCAAAUUCUCAGUUUUAUUCAUAAAGGUUUUAUCAGACAGAUUACACCCGUUGCCUUAAAAUUAAACUCCUAGCUGAAAUAUCAUUUUGAAUUUUUGGACUAUCAUUACUGUUAAUUAUACUGAAGUCGUGUCGUGGUUUGAGGAGCCGAGGGGGCCAGGGGAGGUCAAAUCUGCUUAUUACUGUAAUAUAACACCACUGUUAGCAUUAUUAGAGUAUUUGCUUCUGAAUGAUCGCUUAAACACACAUCUGGAUGGAGAAUAGUGUAAAUUUGCUGUACUGGUGAAACUAAACUGAAAACCAGCCAGAACGGCGUGUGCUCUUGUAAUUAACAAGGUGCAGUACAGGUACCAAUUAAAGAGUUUGUUUAUGUGCCAAAUCUUCACGAUUUUUGGUAAAUGUAAACUGUGAUUCUGUUCCAGUAUCUGUAGAUUCCUGUUUCAACAUACAGACAUCAUAGUCUUAUUGAACUCACAGCAAAAUGGGAAAAUGAAUGUAUUUUACAAAAUACACACAAGCAGUUUUUGACUGUGAACUCUUCCAUGUUUCCAUUAGUUUCUAUUUACGUACGCAUAUAAAACAGUCUCACAACAACUGUAUGGCUUUUCUUCUUACAGAUGCCAACAGAUUUGCUGUUGUUGCAUAUAUAUCCAUAAUUAACAGUGCUUAUACAAAUCAGUGGACAACAGAAAGCCAACUCGAUAACAGCUGACCCGUUCCAACAAUGUAGUGUGUUAUAAAUGGGUAAAGCUCAACAAGUUAAACAACAAAAACACAAUCAGACUUGGUUACACACAGUGUUAAUUGGCAGCUUAAUCCACAUUUGGUGUUCUAGUGAGGGCAGCACAGGAUUAAAUCAUGCAUUUGUGUUUAUGGUAAUGAAGCAAACAUGUCACCCAGUCCCACAGUUUGACGCACUUAUGUUCUUUAGCAGUUUAUCAGUAACAACAGAACUCUGUGGUAAAAACACGAGUAGUUAAUUAACAGCAUAGUUCGCUGUUUGUUGUAGGUUAUUCUGCAAGUAUGUGAAAAUGAUGAGGGAGUUCAGUUCCAGUUGGAUGAGUUUAAACGUACUCAAGCUGCCACUGAUGCUUUUCAUCGCACUGAUGCAGUGGUUUUAAAAUGGUGUACAUGUGAUCUGCUUACCCAUAGUUUCUAGUAGUAGUUCAGACUUUUACUUUAUUUGGUUUUCAUUUAUUUUUAUUUUGUGUAGUUUUAAUUAUGGUUUUAGUCGGGGGAUCCAUCGGGACCUGUGUUUAAAGACACAGUGUUACCAGAUCUCAGAAAAAAAGUGUGACAAACAGUGUUUGUUUGGGACAAAGUAGGACAGGUUAAUGCAGGGAGGCAGUCCAAGAUAUCUGAAAGCAACUUUUCCGGCUCUCUUGCUCAGUAAAUACAAGAAGAAUAAAAGGAAACGGAAGCUGCCCUUCUUACUAGCACUAGUUUCUGAGUUUCAGUUUGGCCUUUUUGAGAUUGAUCUGACAAUUUAAGGCAAAUUUAAGACAAUUGUGAUACACAAAUGCAUAUGGUGUCCCACUUCACACAAUAUUUUUUGGUAUUUUUUUUUUUUUUUUUUUUUAUAGCCAGGCUACUGUUUCCCUUGUUUCCAGUCUUUCUGCUAUGCUAAACUAAGCCGUUCCUGACAAAUUCAUGUUAACUGUACAGAUAUGAGUUGUAUUGAUUUUCUCAGCAAAAAUCCAAAUGAAACACAAUUUCCUAAAAUGUUGAACUAUUUCUUUAAGCCUUUUAUUUUAUUUUUUUAAUUUUUUACUUGAUUGUAGCAGCUUUUAAAAAUGACCCAGCUAAACAAUAUAUUGUACCUUUUGCACCAAUUUCUCUAUGUUCUUAUUGUCUGUACAGCUGUCGAGGUUAUGGAGAUUUCCAAAAGACAACAACAAAUCCAGCUCUCUAAGUUAUUCUUAAAAUAUUCAGUAUAUUUAAUGUUUGGAUUUCUGUUCUUGUUAAUAUUAUUUAAAUGCAAAAGGAAAAAAACAACAACAACAACCCAGUGUUAAUAAUAAAUAGCCCCGUCACAUGUAUCCGAGGAAGUACAUCUUAAGUGAUGCACUGUGUUUAAUACAUAAAGAUACACCUUCCUCUACUCCCUCUAUCAGUAGCAUUGUGUAUGAAAUGUUUUCAUAUGAGCCUUUCUUGACAGAGAUAUUCCACUCUGGAUUAUUCCAUUGUCUGUGUGGAACUAAUGCAAUAAUAGUUGAGGGGCAAAACAAACCUGUUGGCUGUUUUUUAGGGCAUGAUAGAUCUUUGCUGUUGUAGCGCUGAUUAAAUCUUAAUGCUGGGGUUUUAGGCAUUGUUUAAUAAAGAUGUAAUAUGCAAAUUAAA